AUGAGUCUCGAUGACGUAACCCGAAAUGAGCUCAUAGGGUGGAGGUCAGGCGCAAAAGAAGCGAAAGCUACUGCCAAGAAACGCCGGGUGCAUUGGGCCUCACUUGGGCCUCAGCCAGCGAGACAGCCAUUGCCAGCAUCAUCUGCUCCUCGAAGCUCUUGGGCCCGGGCCCACACCGGGUCUCAUCCUGAGGCCCAAAGCCCGAUGAGCUCUCCACAUCGUCAAACUCGUCCGAGCCUCCGUAGCUCGUCCCCACCUCCGCCAUCUCUGACCGGCUGCGGCCCAUCCAGUAGUCCACGUCAUCACCUGCAGCCAUCGCCAGGUGGCGGCCAGGAGACACCACCACGAUGCCGCUCUCUGCAGGGUAGUAAUCCUCCGCUUCUCGCCUGCUGGCGCUCGGCGAGGGCUGCUAUUGCGCAUGCGAGUCCACCGGAAGGUGAUGAUGAUGAUGAUGACUGGGUGCGAUUACCUGCUAUGCAUUGUUCGGAUUGGAUUGAGUCGCGGAAAGGUGGAACCAGCUGGCGCCUCCCGUUUUCCUGUAUUUACCUGAAUAGAGAGCCAUAUAGCUUCCAUAACCAUUAUAUCCUCGAGAUCAAGGUCAAAAUCGUCCUGUCUGCAACCAGAGAGAGAGAUUAA